UCGGCGGCGGGGGCUCGCGGUCGGUGCGCGACCCGGGCUGGCGGCGGUUUCCGGUUCCGCGGGGCGGGCGGGCGGCCGGGAGCGGCGGCGGCGGCGGCUGACAGACAAUGAGGGCGGCGGGACGGCGCUGAGGCGGCGGCGAGCGACGCGGGGCCCGGGGGCGGGGCGGGGCGCCAGCCAUGGACAAUCAGUGCACUGUCCAGGUGAAGUUAGAGCUGGGGCACCGCGCCCAGCUGCGCAAGAAGCCCACCACGGAGGGCUUCACGCACGACUGGAUGGUGUUUGUCCGCGGCCCCGAGCAGUGCGAGAUCCAGCACUUCGUGGAGAAGGUGGUCUUCCGCCUGCACGACAGCUUCCCCAAGCCCAAGCGCGUGUGUAAGGAGCCCCCCUACAAGGUGGAGGAGUCAGGGUAUGCUGGCUUCAUCAUGCCCAUCGAGGUGUACUUCAAGAACAAGGAGGAGCCCCGCAAGGUCUGCUUCACCUACGACCUCUUCCUGAACCUGGAGGGGAACCCGCCCGUGAACCACCUGCGCUGCGAGAAGCUGACGUUCAACAACCCCACCAUCGAGUUCCGCUACAAGCUGCUCAUGGCCGGUGGGGUGAUGGUAAUGCCCGAAGGAGCAGAGCCGCUGUCCAGGCCCAGCCCCGACUACCCCAUGUUGCCCACAAUUCCACUCUCUGCCUUCUCUGACCCCAAGAAGACCAAACCGCCCCACAGCUCCAAGGACGCCAGCCGGGAGAGCGGCAAAGCCUGCAAGGCCCACAAGGCGGCCAAGGAGCACCGGGAACGGCCCCGCAAGGACUCGGAGAGCAAAAGCUCCUCCAAGGAGCCCGAGCGCGAGCGGGAGCGCGAGCGGGAGCGGGAGCGGGAGCCGGCCCGCAGCGCCAAGGACGCGGCGCGAAAGCUGGCCGAGGGCCGGCCCGCCAAGGAGGAGAAGCCGGCGCCGCCCAAGGCCGCCUUCAAGGAGCCCAAGAUGACCAUGAAGGAGACAAAGCUGGAGGGCCUGUCCCCCAAGGGCGGUGCCGCGUCCAAGUCUUCCUCCAGCAAGCGCCCCGCGCCCGCCGACUCGCCCAAGCCGGGCACCAAGAAGCCCAAGAAGAGCAGCUGCAAGAGCUCCCGGGGCGGCCCGGGCACCUCGCCCCGCACCUCCUCCUCGUCCUCCUCCUUCUCCGACAAGAAGCCACCCAGGGACAAGGGCGGCGGCAGCAAGGGCGAGAAGGUCAAGGCUGAGAGCGAGCCCCGGGAGGCCAAGAAGGCCCCCGAGGUAGAGGAGUCGAACUCGGAGGACGAGGCAUCCUUCAAGACGGAGUCUGUCCAGUCCAGCCCGUCCACUUCCAGCUCCGGCUCCGACUCCAGCUCCGACUCGGACUUCGAACCGUCCCAGAACCACAGUCAAGGCCCACUGCGCUCCAUGGUGGAGGACCUGCAGUCCGGGGAGUCGGAUGAGGACUCCUCGUCGGGAGAAGAGGCGUCGGGCAAGGCGGCUGCGGGCCGGGACUCCAGGCUGAGCUUCAGCGACAGUGAGAGCGACAACAGCGGGGACUCCUGCCCGCCCAAACGCGAGCCCCUGCCCCCGCAGAAGCCCCCCCCUCCCAACAGCAAGGCGUCAGGCCGGAGGAGCCCCGACUCUUGCAGCAAGCCGGACAAGAUGCUCAGGAAGGGCACCUAUGACAAGGCCUACACGGACGAGCUGGUGGAACUGCACCGGCGGCUGAUGGCGCUGCGGGAACGCAACGUGCUGCAGCAGAUCGUGAACCUGAUCGAGGAGACGGGCCACUUUAACGUCACCAACACCACCUUCGACUUUGACCUCUUCUCCCUGGACGAGAGCACGGUGCGCAAGCUGCAGAGCUACCUGGAGGCUGUGGCCACCUGACCCGGCCCGCCCGCCGCCCGCAGCACUGCCUUACCCCGCCCUGCGGCCGGCCCCGCACCACCAGCUGCACUUUGCCCAGCGGGGGCCCCGGGCCCAGGGGGGCCCCCACACACACACCUGCUCGCCGCUCAGGCCCGUCCGGGGGGCUGCGGCGAAGGAUCCCGCUGCGCCCGCGACCUGCCUGGCUCCCUGGCGCGGGCUGGCUGGCCGGUGUCCGGGCGCCCGCGGCGGGCAUGGCCGCGAGGGGCGGGCCCCGCGGCUGGAACUGUCAGGGGUCCCUCAGCUGGGCCCCGGGGCACCCCCUCCCCCGUGCCGGGCCCUUGAACACUACUGGGGGUCGCGGUGCGCGCGAAGCUCCCCACCUCCUCCCGAGGGACCCUCUGCCCCGGGGGCCGCCCAGGCUUCGGACUCUGAGCACAGUGAGAGCUUUUGCCAAAUAAGACGGGAUCGUUUGUGGAGUUGGUCCAAGGGUCCGGGGGCCACACUGCCAGCGACCUCUGCCCCCGCGCCCGGCUGUGCGGCCACUCUGGCCCCCAGACUGGCCUCAAGGCCCAGAGAGGCGAAAAGCGGAACCGGGCGCGGAGAGCCCCGGCGUGACCCCCUGGCCCCGUCUGUGUGGCAGGACCUUCCCUCCCUCGGGCCCACAGCCCAGGGCUGCCCCCCCAGCGGCCUGCGGAACCCAAGGGACAGCCCCGCCGGGCACCACAUCUGUCCUCGUCCGUCCGACUGUUUGUCCGUCCUCCUGCCAACUCUUCCCCCAACCCACUGCCACAAGGUGCAAGCAAGUGGACGGGCCUGCCGGGCGGACUCGGCGCGGUCACCAGGCGGUCACCGCGCAGGCCAGCAAUACUCCAAAGGGCGUUCCUCUGUCCCCCGGGAACUCAGACUGCCGGGCUGCAGGCUCCAGCUCGCCGCUGUCAGGGAGCUCCUUCCCACGGCCGCCCUCGGCCCAGAGCACUGGUCGCCCCCCUCUUUCUCCUCCUCCUCUUCCUCCUCCAGGGGCCCCUGGGAAAAGCCCCCCGUCCCCAGGGCACGGCCCCACCUGCUGUGGGGGCUCUGGGGAGCCCCAACCCCCCACCCCGUUUCUCAGUUACCUCCUCCGGACACAAGGCCCCAAGCACUGUCCCACGGAGCCGCUCUGGACCCAGGGCUGGCCCCGUGAACCCCCCCAUGGACAUGCCAGGCCAGCUGGGGGACCCUCACCCCUGCCCGCGGCCCCACCCCUGCCCCCACUUCAGCAGCCUGGCAUGGUGGGGAUGGGCCGUGGGGUGCUUCCAUAGGAAGGCGGCCCCCUUGGGCUGCCGUGCAGUGUUAGCCCCCCUGUGUUGUCUCCCGAACAAAAGGGCACCGAGCGAGGGCAGGCACGCAGGUAUCCGAUACCCCUGCCCCCGAGCCCCUAAGGGUUUUUACAAAGAAUGUGUCACACUAGGAACUAGGGCACCGCUCCCGGCCCAGACCAACUCCUGCAUCAAAGGAAUGAGGAGAUUUGUGUUUGUAUACUACGUUUCAGGAGCAUUUCCGUCCUGGAUUUUAAACCUUUUGUUAAAUUGUGAAAUUAUGGAGGAGUUUUAUAGAAAAACAAAAAGUGAAAUAAAGUCAGAUGAGAAAGUGG